AUGAACCUUCUGUGGCCAGUGGAUCCCCGCCGCAGAUUGGCUGAACGACUUUUGCUGAAGUACUUGGAUCACUUUGAGUAUGAGAUUUUGGACACAGAUGGGCCGAUCCGGGUAAGGACAUCGCUUUCUAGACUCAAGGAAGCAGCGGAAAAGAACCCCAUUAUUGGGUCACGUUAUGAUUUGCUGUUCAACAACUGUCAGUUGUAUUUGGUGCAUCUUUUGUACAAACAGUAUGACGUGGAAGGGGUACGGAUCCCCUGGAAUAUCGGUGCACUUGUCGCUGCACCCCUUCUGGUGAUCAUGGAAUCCAUUUUCAUCCUUGCAUAUCUGCAUUUUGGUGGCAACUCAUCUCUGAAUCAGAUACCAUUCCCAGCAAUGGCAUUCGGCUUUCUUUGGAUCCCAGCGGAAAUACUUUUUCUUUGCAUUUACUUAAACCGUUUGGCAUAG